AUGGACUCGACCCUGCAACCCCUCCUGGGAGACCGUGGCACGGGUAUCAUUCGUCGGCGACCCUUUUCCCAACCUGAGGACGAACCCCUCAUUGCUAGAUGCAGAAGAUCCGCGCGCGACUUCCUGACUUCUAAAUGGGGCCACUACCUCGUCCUUCUGCUCAUCGCCAUCGACGUCUGUUGUGGUUUUUCGGAAUUCCUGAUCCAGCUGCACGUCUGCGAGUCGAAGGAGAAAAACCACCGCGUUGACGGGGGCUGGGAAGUCACCGAGGAGGCUCUGGGUAUAACCGGCCUCGUCAUAUCGUGUCUCUUCGUGCUGGAGUUGACGGUAGCUGUUCUAAGCUUCGGGUUCGGCUACUUCUCCAACUGGUUCCAUAUUUUCGAUUCCCUGGUGAUUGUUGUUGCCUUUGUUAUUGAAGUCGCGCUGCAGGGACUGGUCGAGGAGCUGGGCUCGCUUGUUGUUGUUUUGCGUCUUUGGCGCGUGUUUAUGAUUAUCGAGGAGUUGAGGUCUGCGAGUGAGGAUACGAUGGAGGAGUAUACGGAUGAGAUUGAGAGACUUCGGUUGGAGAAUGCUAGUCUUAAGCAGAGGCUAGGCUUGGAUGUGGGAGGGGAUGAAAGUGCGCCAUGA